GAGCCAUAUCCUGUAUGUCACAUGGGAAUACCACCAUGAAGCUUAUGAACAUUUCAGCCUCCGAAUGACAAUAUACUGCGUUUUAUUUUGAAAGGAAUAAACCGGACGCCGUGCAUUGUACCGUCGUUACCAUGACAGUGAUGUAGCCUGGCUGUUAUCAGCGUCACUAACGGAGACAGAGACAGACAGAGAGAGGGAGUAACGGUUACCGUUUACCGUUACCGACGGGCUGUGUCGGUAGAGAUAUAGAAGCUUUUACAACAACAGAACAAAGAAGACAGACCCAGCAGCGGGAGUCAUGGGACAUGUUCCCGGGUUAGGGCGGGUGUUAUUCAGCUCAUCCGUUGACGUGAAUCAGUGAAUGUAGCUGCUGACGGAUAAAACCUCUAAACACGUCGUCCACUGUUUCUCCAUCUCUCCUCCAUCUUGUUGUCAGUGAUGGAGCACAUCCGGACGCCCAAGGUGGAAAAUGUGCGUCUCCUGGACCGGUCGAUAGGACAGAGAAAGGCCAGCGUUGGGACUCUCUACCUCUCUGCCACACACACCAUCUUUGUAGAGAACAACCCUGAGACACGCAAGGAGACCUGGGUGUUGCACAGUAUGGUGAGCAGUGUGGAGAGGCCACCCACCAUCCCCGCAGGAAGUCAGCUGAUCCUGCGUUGCAAGGACUUCCGGGUCUUCCAGAUCCUCAUUCAGCAAGAGAGAGACUGUUUGGACGUCCACACCUCAUUGGUCAGAUUGUCACGACCAGAGAAGUACAGUGAGCUGUACUGCCUGUCCUUUAAUCCCAAUGCGAACAAAGUGGAGAGAGAAGAGUCCUGGAGCUUCAUAGACCUCACGGCCGACUACAAGAGGAUGGGAGUUCCUAAUAACUUGUGGGUUGCUACAGCGGCCAACAGCGAAUACAGGGUGUGUGAUACGUACCCAUCAGAGCUGUAUGUUCCAAAGAUGGCCACACCUGCUGUCAUCGUGGGCAGCUCUAGGUUCAGGAGUCGAGGACGAUUUCCCGCUCUGUCCUACUUCCACCAGGACACACUGGCAGCAGUGUGCCGGUGUAGUCAGCCGCUGUCCGGCUUCAGUGGACGCUGUCAGGAGGAUGAGAUGAUGCUGCAGGUUCUGAUGAAGUCCAACCCUGGCAGUGAGUACAUCUAUGUGGUGGACACCAGGCCUAAGCUGAACGCCAUGGCGAAUCGAGCAGCAGGUAAAGGCUACGAGAACGAGGACCACUACACCAACAUCAAGCUGCAGUUCAUUGGCAUCGAAAACAUCCACGUCAUGAGGAGCAGCCAGCAGAAAAUCAUCGACGUGGGCGAGAUGAGAACUCCGUCCAUGACUGACUUCCUGUAUGGUCUGGAGAACUCUGGGUGGCUCAAACACAUUAAAGCCAUACUGGAUGCCGGGCUCUUCAUAGCCAGGGCGGUGGCUGAUGAAGGUAUCAGUGUGUUGGUUCACUGUUCAGAUGGCUGGGACAGGACGGCCCAGGCCUGCUCUGUAGCCAGUAUUCUGUUGGAUCCAUACUACAGAACCAUCAAAGGACUCAUGGUGCUGAUAGAGAGAGACUGGGUUUCCUUCGGACACAAGUUCUCCCACAGGUACGCCCACCUGGAAGGAGAUCCUAAAGAGGUGUCUCCUGUCAUCGAUCAGUUUCUGGAGUGUGUGUGGCAGCUGUCCGAGCAGUUCCCGUGUGCCUUCGAGUUCAACGAGCGCUUCCUCAUCGCCAUACACACACACAUCUACUCCUGUCAGUAUGGGACCUUCCUGGGCAUCUGUCAGAAGGAACGCAGGGACAUGAGGCUUCGUGAGCGGAGUCAUUCUGUGUGGCCUCAGCUGUGGAAGGACAGAGCCGAGUACACCAACCCUCUGUACAAGGCUGAGCAGAGCCAGAGUCAGGGCGUCCUGAGACCCAACACCACCCCCUACUGCUUCAAAAUGUGGAAGGGUCUCUACAACCACGUGGAGAAAUCAACGCCUCCUCGCCAGUCACCUGCCGACUUCCUGUCUGCUGUGAGGGAGGAGUCCCAGCAGCUGGAGGAGGAGCUGACCAAUCACCAGGAGAGGAUAGCAGCCCUGACAGGGAAGCCAAUCACGUGGGAGAAGAUCGAGGUUCCGAGGAGGAGGACUAGCCACUUGCGGCAGAUGCGUUGCGGGCCGGACCCGCCCACCACUUACACAGACCCAAUCAGCAGCCCUGCACAGGACAACGGUCACGCCCUCUGCUCUGAAGCAGCCAACCAGAAGACUCAGACCAAGGACCCCGAUCUCACCCUGCCUCUAGGACCGCACACCCAGCUCAAGAGUCACAACCCCGAUGACCUCUCCACCUGCAGCGACCUGGAGUCGGGCGUGGCCGACCUCAGCAGUGGGGACGACGGCAAGGACUCGGAUGAGGCUGUCUUUACUUCCGCCUGACUGGAAAGAGGGAACCCUGCCGCUGGCUGGAAGGUGAAAGAGGAAAUGAUGAAACGUAUUUAUUGAAUGACUGUGGCGGGUUAAGGAAGGCCGCUGGAUUUGAUCUCUUGUUUUCAAACUGUAGUUGUCUCAUUCCUUCUCAGUCUAAAGGGAGUCACAGUGAGUUACUGUAGGGAGAAAACUCACUGGAUGUUUUUCAGUCAACCUUUUUGAUGAACGCACUGAAAGAUAUUUAAUUUGACAUUUCUGAAAUGCCAGGAAGGCUGUUUUUUGUGGAUGCUGCUUUUAGGAGGGCUCCAUUAGUCGUUUGUACUUUAUUUAAGGAAUGCACUAUUACUACUGUGAGAUGGAUCAAUGUGACAUGAAACCAGCUGGAAAUAAUGUACGAGACAGAAGCAGAUGAGGGAAGUGAAACAAUCUGAUGAAACACUUUCAGAGAGUAGAACCGACACGCUCCCUAGAGACAGACCAAAUGUAUCCCUUCAAGCAAAUCUACCAUUUACUUCAUCUUCCAUCAUCGCAACAUGAUGGAAGAUUUACUGAAUGAGUUAUCUACAUCUAGUCUUCCCUCUUCUUCAGUGUACAAUAAUAUGCAUUAUGAGACUAGUAAUAACAGGUGUUUCUCUGUAGGGCCGUCACACAUUUGAACUUUAGAUAACUAGAAGUAGCAGAUGUGUGUGCGCUGACCUGCUGUCAGUAACGUCAUAUCUCUAUGAGAUAUAACAUACCUAUUCCACAGUCUGGAGGGGCCACUAGUAAAGCACUACAAUAGUGAUAGUAUAUCAGUAGUGAUACGAUUAGAAGCUGAUUCAGAGUCACAUAAAUACUCUUUCUCUGGGAAAUUAUUGGUUGAUGCAGAGGAAAGCAGAUGGAUGCUUCCCUGGAUCAGCUCUCCAUCAUCAUCAUCAUUUGAAGCUUUAUUGCUGAAUGGAGGAACAGAAAUCUGCUGGGGAGGAUAUUGUGUAGUCUAAACACUGGGAGGCCAACGAGCUCUGAUCUGAACUUGGAUGAAAUCUUAAAUUACAUCUUCCCUUGUAACUUUUUCUAGGAGAUCUCCAAAACUACAGUAUAUCCCCUCCAUAUACCACAAAUCUGCCACUAGGGGUCAGUAUGUACACGCCAGAGAGUUCUCCUCCCAGCCACUAACGGAAGAGAACAUGUCACAGAUUUACAGUCAAAAUGGAGACUUCGUGAACCAGUUUUGAACUCUUGGUAAUUAUUACCAGGAAACAAGAACACAAUGUGAACAACAUAUGAAUGUUAGUGUUAUGUUUCAGUGCCCCGUCAACGUUCUAUAUCCACACUGAUGUAAUCAUACUGAAUCCUUCUGAUGAGAAUCAUCAUCAAGUCCAGUGGUUUGUCAGAUAACUGAUGUUUCAUUAUAUAGACUGUGUUUGACUGAUUCUGCUUUAAGAACUUGAGAAUGUAUGGUUUAUGUCAUUUCAGGUGAUCUGUUAACCGUUUACAUUCCCAUUUAGAUGAAGACAUUUAAACACAACGUGGUUAGUUUCAUGGUGCCUACACUGUAAUCAGUGUUUGGGACCUACUGGAGCUCAUUGUUACAUUAGUAAAGGUGACAGUGAAAACCUGCUGUGGACAGGCUGUAUGCUAACUGACAGCUGGUGUGUUCCACAUGUGAGACUGAACAAAGAGUGUUAGCACAGAUAUUGUCAUGUAGCCUAAUUUAUAAUCACAGAUUUUAAGAACAAUGUUUUAAAAAUCAUGUCUUGACUUGACAUUGAUACAGACAAAUCAAGAAAAAAAGAGAAAAGAUUUGAUCCUCAUUUUAUUGUUGGUAUAUUUUAUUUUUUUAUAAUUUUUUGGAGCUGUUAAACAGGACAGUCAUUUGGCCCUGGCAGGUAUGCCAACAUGAAGAUUAAUUAGAAGGUAAAAGUGUGUGAUGCUAAAUGUCACCGUGCUGCUGUGGAUGUGAGCCCGUAGGAUCGUAGGAUCUCCUCUCCUUCUCAGCUGGAACAUUUCACUGUAGCCUGUGGUGUGUGUGUGUGUGUUCUGUAUCUGUUGAUGUAAAUGAUUUAUCAAUAAAUGGACUGUCAAAGGGAAAGACCUGCAGUA